GGUGAGCUGCACCAGGGUUUUAUUUGAUUUAUCUCCUGAUUAGCUUGGAAACCCAGGGCUUGCAUUUCCCUUUACAGUGUUCCCUUUUUUUUUUUUUUAUUGGAUUUCAUCUUCGUCUGGCAUUCCAUCUCUUAUUGAAGAAGAAAAAUUGAUGUAGCAUGAGCUUUCUAUUUCGUUGUCGGUCUAACUAUUCUCGCAAAAUUCUAAGAAGAUUCUCUUAUUCAUACUCGAGCGAUAAAAGUCUUGACUCAGAUGGGUUUAAUCGAUCCUGGGUUUCUGAACUCGUGAGCAAACAACAUUGGCGUGACUUGAGAAUCUUAGUUAGAGAAACAAAUCCCAACAGAUUCCUGCAACUCUUGUUUGAAUCAGAAGCAGAACCAGAGAUUAUUAUUGGGUACUUUCGGUGGUCAGAGAAAGAAUUUAGACUCUCUUACAGUCUUGAUUGUUGUUGUAGACUACUGCACUUGCUUGCAAAUGGGAAGAAAUAUGGGGAAAUUAGGUCAUUACUUAAUUAUUUUGUCAAGAGUGAGAGGCAUUCCAACUCUUCUUUCUUCCAUAUGAUUGCGGUAUUGAGUAAUGGCUCCCGUGCCAAUUCCAUGAUCAUUGUUGAUAUGUUGAUAUUGGCUUAUGUGAAGAAUUCAAGGUUGAAUUCUGCCUUGGAAGCUUUUCAGCGUGCAGGGGAUUAUGAUUUUAGGUUAUCUAUUCUUUCGUGUAAUCCUUUGUUGAAUGCUCUUCUCAAGGAAGGUAAGAUUGCAGCUGUGGAGCCUAUGUUCAAGGAUAUGAUUAGGAGAAAGAUUACCCCUAACUCUAUAACUUUUAAUACCGUGAUCAAUGGUCUUUGUAAGGCUGGAAAGUUGCAGAAGGCAAGGGACCUGGUUGAGGACAUGAAAUCCUGGGGUUGUUCACCAUCUGUGAUCACAUAUAACACACUUAUUGAUGGAUAUUGCAAGAUGGGCCGGGUGGGCAAAAUGUACAAAGCAGAUGCCCUUUUGAAGGAGAUGGUAUCAAGUAAAAUCUGUCCCAAUGAGACGACUUUCAACAUUCUCAUUCAUGGGUAUUGCAAGGAUGAGAAUACGCCUGCUGCAAUGAAAUUAUUUGAGGAGAUGAAGAGGCAGAAUUUGAAACCAAAUGUGAUCACCUAUAACUCUAUCAUCAAUGGUCUUUGCAACGAAGGCAAGCUUGAUGAAGCUCUCAACUUGCAAAAUGAAAUGAUGGGUUUGAAUUUGAAGCCGAGCAUUGUUACAUAUAACGUACUUAUCAAUGGUUUUUCUAAAAAAAGAAUGUUCAAGGAAGCUAUGGUGUUAUUUAGUACUAUAGCAGAUCAAGGUCUGUUUCCAAAUGUUAUCACCUUCAACACUCUCAUUGAUGCAUAUUGCAAGUCUGGGGAAAUGGAAGAAGCAAUUAGAUUGCAUGAUUUGAUGUUAGAGAGGGAGGUUCAGCCCAACGUUUCAACUUAUAAUUGCUUGAUUGCUGGCUUUUGUGGGGAACAAAAAAUGGAGGGGGCUAGUAAGCUUCUGGAUGAAAUGGCAGACAAGGGUGUGCCAGCUGAUCUUGUGACCUACAAUAUAUUGAUUGGUGCACUGUGUAGGGAAGGGGAGUCAAGAAAGGCAGUUAGGCUGCUGCAUGAGAUGUUUGAAAUAGGUGUAAGACCAAGUCAUGUGACCUACAAUACUUUGAUGGAUGGGUUCUGUAGGGAGAGAAACCUGAGGGCAGCUUUGAACUUGAGGAUACAAAUGGAGAAGGUAGGUAUGAGGGCAAAUGUUGUAACAUACAAUGUAUUGAUUAGGGGCCUCUGUCAAAGGGAUAAAUUAGAAGAUGCAAAUAGGCUUCUUAAUGAGAUGUUGGAGAAGGGAUUAAUCCCAAAUCGUGUUACUUAUGAGAUAGUUAGAGAAGAAAUGAUGGAUAAAGGUUUUGUUCCGGACAUAGAGGGACAUCUGUGCAGUGAUGUAUCUUAACAGUAAACCAGAGGAUGAAGAAGAAUUGGUUAUCACCUAUGUACAAAGCUAAUUGCAUAUACAUAUUGUAACUCGCCUUGUGGUGGCUAACAAGUAACAAAAGAAGCAACAAAGUCUGCAUUAUUUACUCACCGCUUCUUACAUCAAAAUUUAUAGUUUAAUGCAUGAAUGCGGAGCCUUUGUUAUCAACUAAUAAUCAUUGAAACAGCUCCAAUGGUUUGACAGAUUCGCUAUUCCAAAAUUAGAAGACCUUUUUUUUUCCCAGUGAAGGCUUUUGAAAUGGUUGUAAGUGAGGUUUCUGGUGUGCCAGCAUCUAUUUUGCAAAGGUCGCUCUUCUACCUCUCAGGGGUAUUCUCUGUUUGUCCUUCUCUUCCAUCUGUUUCGAUUCCUAUGUAUUUGAUCAUGUUUGUGUUGUCGAGACAUUUGAUAUACUAUGCGAAUCGAAUACCCGUUGGUAAUCAAAGUUGCUGAUUUUUCUGCAUUUGUUAUGUGGCUGGCCGUGCUGCAAAUUGUACGCUUGUUGUUUUGAUUGUUUCUUGUAACAUUCACCUGGUUUUGAUGGAGCCUGACAAGUGAUUAGUCAAAUGGAAAUCCUUCCCCACAAUGCCCUCUACACUUGUUUUAGUGUGGGUAGGUGCGUGAAUAAUGCUAAUGAGGGGACAUGAGCCGAAGACCAUUACAAACUUUUCUGGAAUUUCCUGGACUUCUUCUUUUGUGGCAAAAUGGGCUAUCUGAUGCGAUAAAGAUUAUAUGGGUUGUAGUUUGAUUUAUUUUCUUCAUAGGGGGUUGAAAAGAGUGUUCUUUUACUGAUUUACGAUGUGUAUUUUUUCUGCCAUAUACCCUUGGAGUUGGACUAAUGUAGUUUUUUGAAUGUUCUGUUUA